UCAUCACUAAAUAGUUUGAUAAGGGCAUGGACUCUUGAAUCACUAUACUCAAUGUACAAUAGUGAACAAAAAAGUAGUGGUGUAAAAUUAGCAGAUGUGAAAAACAAUUCAUCAGUUAGUUGUAAUCGUAGGGUCAUCAGACCAGAAACAGCUAUAUUAGCAAAAAGAUCAGACAAAAUGUCCCAAGGUCAGGCAAAUAGACCCGUCAUCCCUCCAAGACGACCAGGAUUUAAAGUCUGUUACAUUUGCGGGAGAGAAUUUGGAUCAAAAUCAAUUGCGAUUCACGAACCCAAAUGUCUUGAGAAAUGGCACAUAGAAAAUGAUAAUUUACCAAAACAUCUCAGAAGGGCAGCCCCAGUUAAGCCUCAGAGGUCUGAUGGCUCAGGCACCACUGAAAACGAAGCAGCUUGGCUGAGUUCUCAAGCUCAGCUUUUGCCCUGUGGGAACUGUGGUCGUACUUUUCUUCCAGAUCGCCUCAUUGUGCACCAAAGAGGUUGCAAGCCAAGCAGCAAGAGCUUAGAAUCUGUAAAUUCUACUACAAGCAAGACAUUAAUAAAUUCCAGUACCAUGACAUCAUCUAAAGCAGUGAGUGAAUCUUCUGAUGCCAAGACACUACACAGUUCAACAAAGCCAAAAACCCUAAUUUGUUACAUAUGUGGAAGGGAGUUUGGCAGUAAAUCUCUUCCUAUACAUGAACCAAAAUGCCUGGAAAAAUGGAAAAUAGAAAAUGACAAGCUACCAAAAGGGCAACGACGACCUAUUCCUCAUAAACCACAGAUAGACCCUUCUAAGGCAACAAGUCGAGAAGAACAAAAUGAAGCUGCUUGGCAGAGCUUCAAGGACCAGUUAUUAUCAUGCUCAAACUGUGGUCGAUCCUUUGCCAGUGACAGACUAACAGUCCAUCAGAGGAGCUGCAAGACAAAAGCUGCAGGUCCAAAUACUAAAAAUAUGACUACAAACAAACAAGUACAAAAAAAUGAAAAUACGACUGAUAAGGACCUCGUGGUAAAGCAGCCUCCAACAGUUGUUUGCUACAUUUGUGGUCGUGAAUUUGGCACAAAAUCUAUCAGUAUUCAUGAACCGCAAUGCUUGAAAAAAUGGCAUCUGGAGAAUGACAAGUUACCCAAGAAUUUACAACGACCUGAGCCCAAAAAGCCUGAAGUUAGACCAAUAGGAGCAAAAGGGUCCUAUGAUCUUUUUGCUUUGAACAAGGCAGCCUGGCAGAGCUCCCAGAGUCAGCUGGUUCCAUGUGAUAUUUGUGGGCGUACCUUCUUGCCAGACAGACUGCUUGUGCACCAAAGGUCCUGUAAACCGAAAAUACCAAAGUAACCAGUCCUCUAUAACAAUGUUGUAAAAGCGCCCAGGGAAUCAUAAAGUUCUUGCACAGUAAGUGUGGCUCCAGGAUAAUGCAUUGUGAGAUUAGAAACGCAGCUUCUUACACUGGCCAUUGUUCAGACCGUCCAAAUAUGUAUAUGGUGAACUUGUAUGUGUGUUAAAAUCAUUAUUCAUAUAAUAAAGUUAUAAGUUAUAAUACA